GGUGGACAAGUCCUUCACCCCUCGCCGGAGUGUGUGGAGGAGUGAUGGGCAGAACCAGCGCUUCCCCCAGGCUCUAGACCUGCCGAGAGUGGACUUAGUCUCCCCACACGCUGCUUCGCUCUCCCCAAAGAACACAGAUCUGUUUGAGAUGAUUGAAAAGAUGCAGGGAAGCAGGAUGGAUGAACAACGAUGCUCCUUCCCACCACCCCUCAAGACGGAGGAGGACUACAUUCCCUACCCAAGUGUCCACGAGGUCCUGGGGCGAGAAGGGCCCUUCCCCCUCAUCCUGCUGCCCCAGUUUGGGGGCUACUGGAUUGAAGGCACCAACCACGAAAUCACCAGCAUCCCGGAGACAGAGCCGCUGCAGUCCCCCACGACCAAGGUGAAGCUGGAGUGCAACCCCACAGCCCGCAUCUACCGGAAGCACUUUCUCGGCAAGGAGCAUUUCAAUUACUACUCACUGGACGCUGCCCUGGGCCACCUUGUCUUCUCACUCAAAUACGAUGUCAUCGGGGACCAGGAGCACCUGCGGCUGCUGCUCAGGACCAAGUGCCGGACAUACCACGAUGUCAUCCCCAUCUCCUGCCUCACCGAGUUCCCCAACGUGGUCCAGAUGGCAAAGCUGGUGUGCGAAGAUGUGAAUGUGGAUCGAUUCUAUCCUGUGCUCUACCCCAAGGCCUCCCGGCUCAUUGUCACCUUUGAUGAACACGUCAUCAGCAACAACUUCAAGUUUGGAGUCAUUUAUCAGAAGCUUGGGCAGACCUCCGAGGAGGAGCUCUUCAGUACCAACGAGGAAAGCCCUGCCUUCGUGGAGUUCCUCGAAUUUCUUGGCCAGAAGGUCAAACUGCAGGACUUUAAGGGGUUCCGCGGAGGCCUGGACGUGACCCACGGGCAGACGGGGACCGAGUCUGUGUACUGCAACUUCCGCAACAAGGAGAUCAUGUUUCACGUGUCCACCAAGCUGCCCUACACAGAAGGGGACGCCCAGCAGUUGCAGCGAAAGCGGCACAUCGGGAAUGACAUCGUCGCUGUGGUCUUCCAGGAUGAGAACACGCCCUUUGUGCCUGACAUGAUUGCGUCCAACUUCCUGCACGCCUAUGUGGUGGUGCAGGCCGAGGGCGGGGGGCCCGGCGGCCCCCUCUAUAAGGUCUCUGUCACGGCCAGAGAUGACGUGCCCUUCUUUGGGCCCCCGCUCCCGGACCCUGCUGUGUUCAGGAAGGGGCCCGAGUUCCAGGAAUUUUUGCUGACAAAACUGAUCAAUGCGGAAUAUGCCUGCUACAAGGCAGAGAAGUUUGCCAAACUGGAGGUGAGGAUGGGCUGUUGGGGCUCCUGUGUGAAUGGGCGUGUAGUGGUGCCUGCCUCACAGGGCGAUGGCAUGCGAGGGCCAAUGCGGGAAACCUGUGCCUCCUCCACCCCAACCCCACCUUCACAGCGGGUCAUCCGGAGCCGCAGCCAGUCCAUGGAUGCCAUGGGACUAAGCAACAAGAAGCCCAACACCGUGUCCACCAGCCACAGCGGGAGCUUCGCACCCAACAACCCUGACCUGGCCAAGGCCGCUGGAAUAUCACUGAUUGUCCCUGGGAAGAGCCCCACGCGGAAGAAGUCAGGUCCGUUCGGCUCACGCCGCAGCAGCGCCAUCGGCAUCGAGAACAUACAGGAGGUGCAGGAGAAAAGGGAGAGCCCCCCGGCUGGCCAGAAGACCCCAGACAGCGGGCACGCCUCACAGGAGCCGAAGUCAGAGAACUCCUCCACUCAGAGCUCCCCAGAGAUGCCAACGACCAAGAACAGAGCGGAGACAGCAGCCCAGAGAGCAGAAGCGCUGAAGGACUUCUCCUGCUCCUCGUCCAGUGCCAGCAGCUUCGCCAGCGUGGUGGAGGAGACGGAGGGUGUGGACGGGGACGACACAGGCCUGGAGAGCAUGUCGUCCUCAGGGACUCCGCACAAGCGGGACUCCUUCAUCUAUAGCACGUGGCUGGAGGACAGCGUCAGCACCACGAGUGGGGGCAGCUCCCCAGGCCCCUCGCGGUCACCCCAUCCAGACGCCGGCAAGUCGGGGGACCCUGCAUGUCCGGAGAUCAAGAUCCAGCUGGAAGCGGCUGAGCAGCACACGUCCCAGCUGAUGAGGUCGAAGAAACACAAGGUGAAGAUGCUGUGUCAAAUCCAGGCAGAUAGGACCUCUGCCCCCAAGGCCACCACCAGCCUGUGUGCUGCCCCCUGUCUCCCCAACCCUCCCCUGGGCCCACCAUCUGGGCUGUCUCUGCAGGGCGGAGCCAUCCAGACCUGGGAGCGGGGAAGCUGCCGGCGUCAUCCUCACCCCCCGGGCUGGGGGCCAGGCUGGACAGGGAGUGGUCAGUUGCAGCAAGACUCCAGGCCUGGCUCGCCCUGGCCUGGGCCCUCCAUCACACCUUGGUGCCCCUCUCGACUCAGGGGGGGCAAGAUGAGAGGGGGGACCGAGAUCUCUCAGUGCGUACAGAGCCUCCAGGCAGCGGGGGGGUAAGAUGUGAUGGAGGGAGCCCCAGGUUGGGAAUCCUGCGUCCUGAGUCCUGGCUUCUAAUUUGGGUUCUGCUGUGCGGCUCUGGGCUGUCUCUGGCACCUCUGCUCCCAAUGGACAAGAUCACUUCAGAGGUCACUGAAGACUGCGAUUCCAUGCACCUGCCCAGAAUGGGGGACCGGCCUCCCAGGGGCCUCCCAUCACCCUGUCCUGCUUCCUGGGGCUCUGGGGCCCCCGGUGGGCUGAGGGGCAGGGAGCUGGCGAUGCCUGUUGCCCAUCCUGGACCCCCCCCAAGCGCUACCACAGACCUGCCGAUGCCCCGUCCACUGCCUCCACGUGACAGACAAGCGGCCCCCUUCCAGGAGGGAACCCACCUGGGUCCUCAGCCGGCACCCAGCUCCACCUCUGCCACCCCAUGUUCUGGGCGCCCCAGGCUGAGUGGGCUCGGCUGGCCUGGAGUUACAGGUCUCGCCUUUGCGACCCCCCCAUUCCCAUGGAGGGGGCCGCCAGGCAUAGCUGCUGUGAGUCCACAUGUUGUGUGUGUCUGUCCACACUUUUUAGGCGCCAACGUCAAAGGCCAGCCUUCCCGCCCCAACACCCAUCUGGGAAGCCCCCGUGGCUGUGUGUAUGUUGGUAACAGUUGUACAAAAUAAAUUCUAUUUAUCGCUAUUGUA